GCGGAGAUGGAUUCGCCGGCCGAUCCUCCGCGCGUCGUCCAUGGGACGCCAUCCAUCACCAGCUUCUUUCCCCCUGCUGCCCACCCGCCCAAGCGGCAGAAGACCGACGAGGAUCGGGCGGCGGCACGGCUGUCUGCCGACGACAAGUUCGAGGCUGGCGUGGCGCAGCUGCUCGAGAUGGGCUACGGAGAGACCGACGCGCGAGGGGCUCUGCGGCACAGCGCGGCGAACGUGCAGGCGGCGGUGGAGCGGCUCUUACAUGGCGUCUCUGGGUGACUCGCUGGGCCGAGUGUCUGGGGGUCAGGGAGCCGGCGCGACGGCCCGAGGCUAGGUGCUCGGCGUGCACACCACGUCACGACGGCAUUCCUGCGCGAAUUCCUCACUUGCGGGACAAGGCGCCCCCGGGCCCGUGAACAGCGACGCUAUUGUCUGUUGCGUGAAUGGAGGUUCCCGUGUUGCAUGUCUGACUGUCACUCUGUUUCGGGGCCCGGGGUUGUGCGUUUAUGUGAAUGGAGGUUUGUACGUACAUGUGCGUCUCUUCUUCUCCUAGAUGUAGAUGUGAUGUGCGGUCGUGUCUGAUUUGUUUUUGUUUGCGGCUGUCGGGUUUCUUUUCGUACGUCUCCGGUUUCGUGUUCC